CAUGACAUCACUUCUGACACCUCCGAGAGGAGGUGUGUCCAGGAGAAAUCCCUCAUCCAGUCCACAGAUGUAGCUGCAGAGGGAGAAAGGAGGAAGAGUUUGGACGCACUGCGGAGGGGAGCUCAGCCAUGGGGAACGCGCAGGAUAAACCCCCCGGCAGCAGCGGAGGAGGAGCGACCCCCAGGCGGGGACAGGAGAACCUGCAGGCUCCCAGAGCUGCUGGAAAGGAGGUGGCAAACGGCGCACCGAGAGAAAAACGCCGAGAAGGAGAGGCAGAGGAGCAGAAGCAGCAGUCGGAAAGCUCAGGAGGGGAUAGGAGUUACCUGGAUGCUCCGGCUGGAGCUUUACCUCCUCACCUGGCCCGGCUGAAGAAUGAAGGAAACCACCUCUUUAAAAAUGGCCAGUUUGGAGACGCGAUAGAGAAGUACUCCCUGGCUAUAGAUGGAUGUUAUGAGGCAGGCAUUGACAGCCCAGAAGAUCUGAGUAUCAUCUACUCCAACAGAGCUGCUUGUUACCUGAAGGAUGGAAAUAGCAGAGACUGCAUACAAGACUGCGACAAGGCUUUAGAGCUGCAGCCUUUCUCCUUAAAGCCCUUGUUGCGCAGAGCCCUAGCCAAUGAGUCACUGGAACGCUACAGGAAGGCCUACGUAGAUUACAAGAUGGUACUGCAGAUCGACAACGGGGUGCAGGCAGCUCAUGAUAGCAUCCACAGAAUUACCAAGGCGCUCAUUGAGCAGGACGGGCCUGAAUGGAGAGACAAGCUGCCGGAGAUCCCUGUUGUGCCUCUGUCCAUCCAGCAGCAGCACAGAGAGAAACCAGUCAGCAUUGAGCUGGCCCAGGCGCGAGCCGCCAGGGCUGCACAGGAGGAAGCUAGAAGAAAAGAGGCUUCCUUCACUUUACUCAAACAUGAAGGCAACAGUUUGGUGAAGAAGGGACAUUUCCAGGAGGCCCUGGAGAAGUACAGUGAAUGUCUCUCCAUAAAACCUGAUGAAUGUACCGUUUACACAAACAGAGCAAUUUGUUUCCUUAAACUAAAUCGGUAUGAAGAGGCCAAACAGGACUGUGACUCUGCACUGCAGAUGGAUCCAGCCAACAAGAAAGCCUUCUACAGACGGGCGCUGGCUUUUAAGGGACUGCAGGAUUACCUGUCAGCCAGCGGCGACCUCCAGGAGGUCCUCCAGCUGGACCCCAAAGUCCACGAGGCUGAGCAGGAGCUUGAAGAGGUGACGUGUCUACUGAGGCAAAGCUUGAUAGACAAGACUGAACACACAUGAGGCUUAAACUCAGAACAAAUGUUCAGUGGCACCAACACAGCUCCACACAUUUAGGGAAGUCUGUAUGAAAUGGAUUGAAAAAAUUGCACACAAGUUUUUACAAGAAAUCAAAAAAGUUAUGAAAAAAAUCUGAUCAACCCCUGCAGACAUGGUGACACUUCAUUGUGCACAGGUGGAGACUGCACAAUGGCAUGCUAGAAGUUGGGGUCUUCAGGUAUAUUUAAGCUUUUUCUGUAUUGAUCAGAGCAAAAAGAGAAUAACUUUUCAACUGAAAAGAAGUUAACACAUAUAUUUCCAACUAUUUCAAUAAAAAUAAGCAGUAUAUAUUUUUUUCUUAUUUUAAAAGGUACAAAAAGAAUCAACAUGUAUCAUUGUUGCAACAUUUUUACCACAUUCUGAUGUUAUCUUGUUAGUGCUUGUUUUAAAUCUACAGUUCAAAUCCGACAUGUCCUGUAAAUCAGCUUCAUAAAAAAACAGGGACAUGUACCUCUUAUUUUUUCAAUUCAGAUCUUGUUGAUUUUGCAAAGUAUGGUUGACUGUUGUGAAUAAUAAUAUGUGCCUAAGCUUGAACUUUCAGGCAGAAAGACAAAACACAUAGAAGCACUAUUCCAGGUGUUAUUUCUUUAAUGAAAGACAAGGGUUAAAGAUAAUAGCUCCUUAAGUUGAGUCGUAUAAGAGAGAAACACACCUAAGCAGAUGAGAGGUAAUUCUCCCAGUUUUUGAGCGUAUAGAAUUAAUACUACAGAAUUAUUCACAAUAGAGGUUAUUUCAGUUGCUUUGGGUGAAGAGUGGCGAGGGUAAAGGCAGAAAGGUUUAUUAGAAGGAGAACAUAAAGUUGUUGGCAGCAGCAGUAAGUCUGGUACCCAUUUUAAGGAAAAUGUCACACCUUAAAAAAAAAAAAAGUACAGCAUGUCUUCCAGCAUCUUAAGAAGAUAGCAGCAUAGCUACAGAGAUAGCUGAGGAUACCCUAAGCCACUGUACCUUAUAAGCUUUACUGAAAAGGAAACUUAAGCCUACUUUUGGUCCUCAUGGACUAAAACUGGAAGUUGGUUCACAUGAGAUGAACCUAAAAACUAAAAGAUCUGCCUCCAAAUCAACUUUAAAGAAAUAUAAACCACUAGCCCGGUGAGAAGGAGCUCACUCAGAACUUAUCGAGUAAUCAAACCUCUGACCUACAAUGGAGCUUGUCCAUUUAGAGCUUUAAGUAGGAUCCCACAGAUAAGAUUUUGGCUGGCCAUUGACAGCCAUUUGCAAUACCUGGAUAUUUGGCCCAGCUGUUUUUAUGCCUCACUGUAGAAGCCCUUUUCCAGUUAUCAGUGGACUAAAAAGGGAGAAUGACAGCCAGUUACUCUGAAGCGCAAUGAAUAACCAGCUUCUCAGCAUUACCGGUACAUGUCUUGUGUAAUGCACAACUGCUCUGCACACCGCUUACAAAACAGGAUGCUUAAUUUGAAAAAGCUAACGUCAAGGUAUGUGUAAUCUGCCUGCAGUUUUUAUCAUUACCAUUGUGACGUAAACUAUUGUACAGUUACAUGUGAAAGACAUUAAAUUUCUGUUAUGUGUGGAUUAAAGGAGGAAGGAGAGAGUGGACAUUGUGUGCCUUACUGAAAUUUCUAACACACUUAGGAUAAAAUACAAAAAGAUUAAAGCAUUUUAGUUUGAGAGAUGUUUAUUUCAUUGAGCUGGAAAUAAUGGAGGGAAACUAAUCAGAUAUAUUUUAUACUGGUGUAGAUUGUAACACACUGAGAAGAAAGAGAUGAGUAGUGUUUUACUGAGCCAUGUAAAAAAAAAAGGGAAUUUACUUCUAAUUCUUGACAUUUUGGGUACAGGUCACUUAACAGAUUGUAGAUCUUUAAUUAUUAUAAGCGUUUUUUUUUUUUUUUUAGACAGAUGUAGUAAUUAGAUUAUAGUAGAUGAGAAAAAAAGUGUUUUGCUCUUCUAGAUCCCCUUAGAGACAUUUGGGUCAAUUUUUUACAAGCUCUCUAAGACCUGUGAUUUGUUGAUACAAGGAACAACAAUACAGACACACAAAAUGUCCUUUUGUUUCUUGAUGAAGUUUUUUGGCCUGUGAAUCACCUGGUGCAGCUAUCAACAUUAACUCUUUAAAACAAAACAGCCUAUUAGUUACAUUUAAUUUCUCUUCAAUUGAUUUGAAUUUAAAAUGCAUUAAAUUCAUCUUAAGUUAUAGGGCUGAUACGAAAAUAGUUUAACGUUAAAUAUUGCUUUCAAACUUGCCCUAGAUCAAACGGAUUUCAGUAAAAACAAUUAGCUAUGCAAUUUAAGAGAUACAACUAUUUAAAAGGGGUGUUAUUUUUAAUUGCUUGCCACAAAUGACCAAUAACCAGUGUGUACAAACAGUAUAUCAGAGUAAUCACACCCUUUUCAUCAUUCAAAUUAUAUUUUGGAGCUUUAUCUUUGAUGAUGAACCAGGAAGGCCUCCUUGUCAUCGACCUAAUCUUUAGUUCCCACUAUCCUCUCAUUCAAAUGGAUUCAAAUUCAGACCAACAGCCUCUAAAAUCCAGUUAGACAGGGGGGGAAAAAAAGGUUGUGACUUACCAGAUUGCUUCAUAGUAAAAUCUUCCAGCGAUAUUACCAUCAUUAUAGGCUUAUCUUGAGAACAGGAGGGAUGAAAUAGGAUUGCUUGACUUGGUUACUCAGAAAUGGUCAUAAAACCUCCUCGAUGAGUCAGGUUUGGUGAACUAAAUAGGGGGAUAAGGAUGUUUGGUGCAUCUGUAAAAAGCCCUGUGGUUGCUUUAAGUACAACGUGUGUACAGGAUCAUAUUUACCUACACCAAGAUCACAGUAGACAUAAUCAAAAAGCAAAAGCAUUAGCACUGAGGUUGAGAAUACACAUGGAGAAUCUGAAAGUCGCAAUAUAAAAUGUUUAUCCCUCUGGGGAACGCCAGUAUUUAAUAAAUUAAAUAUUUUAUAUAAAAGUUGAUGGUGUGGAUCAACCUCUCAUCAUCAUACACCAUUUAAAAAUAACAGUACACUGCACACAUGAAAACCUUGGAUAUUAACAUUAAGAGCCAAACAAACAAUACUUAAGCUAUACUUUAAAAAGCCUGGGAAGGUUUUUAAACAGCCAGGCAACACAUAUUUCUACCCAAUUUUUACUGCAUCAUUGCAUAGGAAUAAUUUGUUACCCUGACCUGAAUUACUCUGGAUAAACUAUACACAUGCCAUUCAGAUAUGGUGCUUUUCUAAAAAAAAAAAUAAAAAUAAAAAACUAAAAAAAAACAAGGGACUUUUUUUGACAACUUAAAAUCAAAUGACCUGCACUGAGGCAAAAUAAAAGACUUAAGCUUUGAAAGUAAACCACAGAGGGCUAAAGAAAAAAAUCUAAUUUCUGAAAGAGAAUACAUCUAGUUGACAUACUUAACAGGAACAGGGAUGUAAAAUCUACAUCCAACGCUAUACAGCAAUGUGCCACAGCUUUUAUUUAAUUAGGUGUGUUUUCAAAUAAGAUAAUUGCUUCUAGUACUGAGGAGCAAAGCUCAGCUUAUUCUGAAAAUGUUUUUAUUCCCUCAUGGAAUGUUAAGGCAUGAACUGUAUGUAAAUAAAUAUGUGAAUAAAUUA